UUUUCACUCUACUUCCAAACUGUAUUAUUUUAUUCAUGCAGGUUGAUGAUCUUACAGCAAAACUGGAAACUCUGUCUUCAAAAAACCAGGUUCUUACUCAGGAAUUAUCAUCUAUGAAAGAAAUACAGACAAAAUGUGAAAAACUAGAGAAGAAUAAAAAGAAGUUGGAACAACAAGUAGUAAACCUCAGAAGUCGUGUAGAAGUCAACAUGGUAGAAUACAGUAAAAUAGAACAAUAUAAACGGGAGCUUGAAGAAAGAACAAGAUUGAACAUAGCAGAAAAAUUAAAAGAAGUCGAUCUGUUUUUACAGACACAAGUAGCAUCUCAAGAAAGCUUAGCACAGUUAAGAGAAAAUAAUAAUGCUUCACUAAGAAGUCAAAUGGAAAUCAGAAUUAAAGAGCUGGAAUUUGAAUUAUUCAAAAUGAAAAGUUCUCAAGAAGAUCUUACUAAAACAGAAUUGGACAGAUACAAGCACCUCUACCUAGAAGAAGUAACACAUCGAAUGUCGUUGACAAAUGAACUGAACAAGUAAGUUAAAACAAUCGUAGGAAGUAGAGUUAGCUUAUUAAUUUGCCUCUAAACCAUAAUUUUUAUGGAGCCACGUUCAUGAGAUCAGUAGUAAGUGAAAGCCAACUAGAUAGUAUAAUUUUGAAAAAUGAUGUUUGUAAAUGAACUUACUGUCGAAAUGUUAGUCC